CUCCGUACGCAUCAGCGACACGCCUGAGAGUAGUGGAACAACAUUCGUUUUGUGAAGUUCCGAGUUCAGUUCUCUUUCCCAGCUUUCUCUAUCCCGGUUAGAGCUUUCACCUGCAUUAUUACUGUUCAGAGCAUCUUGCCCAACCCUGAUUUUCUUUGCCUUUUGCAAUCAUCGCCAUGUGUGCUGACAUAAAUGUCGACGUUCUCGUUAUUGGCGCUGGGCCGACGGGCCUGGGUGCUGCCAAACGUCUCAAUCAGAUUAAUGGCCCCUCUUGGUUGAUUGUCGACUCCAACGAAAAGGCCGGUGGUCUCGCUUCUACUGAUGUCACCCCGGAGGGCUUUCUCUACGAUGUCGGCGGCCACGUCAUCUUUUCCCACUACAAGUACUUCGACGACUGUCUUGACGAGGCGCUGCCCAAGGAGGACGACUGGCACACGCACCAACGUAUCUCCUACGUCCGCUACAAGGGCCUCUGGGUCCCCUAUCCCUUCCAGAACAACAUCUCCAUGCUUCCCAAGGAGGACCAGGUCCUCUGUAUGGACGGCCUGAUUGAUGCUGCCAUGGAAUGCCGUGUCGCCAACACAAAGCCCAAGGACUUUGACGAGUGGAUCCUGCGCAACACGGGCGAGGGCAUUGCCAACAUCUUCAUGCGGCCCUACAACUACAAGGUGUGGGCAGUUCCCACUACCAAGAUGCAAUGUGCCUGGCUUGGCGAGCGAGUUGCUGCUCCCAAUCUGAAGCUUGUUACCAAGAACGUCGUUCUGAACAAGAUCGCCGGCAACUGGGGUCCGAACGCGACGUUCCGCUUCCCUGCCCGUGACGGCACUGGCGGCAUCUGGAUCGCCGUGGCCGACACUCUUCCGGAGGACAAGAAGCGAUUCGGCAAGAAGGGCGAGGUUGAGAAGGUGGACGCCGAGAACAAGAUUGUUACUCUGGGAGACGGCACGACAGUCAAGUACAACAAGCUCAUCUCGACCAUGGCUGUUGAUGCACUCGUCGAGAAGAUGGGUAACCAAGAACUCGUGACUUUGUCCAAGGGUCUCUUCUACUCGACCACCCAUGUCGUUGGUGUAGGCAUUCGCGGCGAGCGGCCAGAGCGCAUUGGCGAUAAGUGCUGGCUGUACUUCCCCGAAAGCAACUGCCCGUUCUACCGCGCUACCAUCUUCUCCAACUAUUCUCCUUACAACCAGCCAGAGGCCAAUGUUAAGCUUCCGACGAUGUACUUCGCCAACGGCGCCAACGCCGAAUCGUCCGAGGCCAAGGAGGGCCCUUACUGGUCGAUCAUGUUGGAAGUAUCGGAAUCUUCGAUGAAGCCGGUUGACCAGGAGAACCUUCUCAAGGACUGCAUCCAGGGCCUCAUCAAUACUGAGAUGAUCAAGGAAGAGGACGAGAUCGUCUCUACCUACCACCGCCGUUUCGACCACGGUUACCCCACUCCUUCGUUGGAGCGUGAAGGUGUCCUCACGGAACUUCUUCCCAAGCUGCUCGACAUGGACAUCUACUCCCGCGGGCGAUUCGGAAGCUGGAGAUACGAGGUCGGCAACCAGGACCACUCUUUCAUGCUUGGCGUCGAGGCGGUGGACAAUAUUCACAGCGGUGCCGUUGAGCUCACCCUCAAUUAUCCCGACUUUGUGAACGGCCGCCAAAACACUGAGCGACGACUCGCGCAGAGCUUCGUUUUCGCGCCCACCACGACAGCCCAGCUUAACGGAAGCCAGGAUCUUCCCACCCGAGAGCGUGCUGGCUCCAGGGCUUAAGAGAGUCCCGCGUUGUCGAAAGUUGUCCAAAUAGGUCAAACUAAAAUGUGGCAACAUCCUCGGCUGUUGCUGAUCAGGCCGUAAAAGGCCCUCAAGGGUGAAAACCUGGCGAUGUGGCCAUGAUCACCGCGCGAUCGGGAACUCCUCGUCGCCGGUGAACAUGAAGUUUAGGAGAACGGAAUCCGUGGAAGAAGGAAAGGAAACAUAAUGAACGAGCUAUGUUGACGGAAGCUGCGACGAUGCUUAUAAAGAGAUAUCUAGGCUUUAUAUUACGGCCUGGGUACGGAUGGACUGGAUGCAUAUGUAGAUUCCCUCCCUAAUCGUAGAAAACUGGUGUGCGCGAAGGCGACAUGGAAGGCUUUUGUCUGUUGAGGGAAUUAUAGAGCGAGCAACAAUAGACAUACAAGUGGAGCCAAG